UUUUAUGCAAGUAAGUAAGAAUUCAUGCUACAACAAUGAUGAGAAAAAAAGGUGCAAAAUUGUGGCUUUCGGACGAUGAAUAAUAGUCUUUUUUCUAAGAAAUAGAUAGAAAUAAAUGAAUUAGUAAAUGAUUUGAAGGCUUUUACGAUUGGAAAAACUUUUUUCGCCAUGUUUUGAUGUCGCUUUGUAAUCAAUGGGAAAAUGUCUUGGUCAUGUACGAAAACGCUAUGUAAGAGGGUUGACUAAAAAAAAUUAUAAAUAGCAGGCUUUCUGGUGGUUUUAAUUUAACUUUUACCAGUUGUUUUGAAAGGGAAAAAAGAAAUCUUUGCUUUUUUUUUUCCUCGUUGUCUCACACUUUCGUGGUUUUAUCUACCGUGGAUUGGAUGAAAUAUUUGUUUUGGCUAUUGCCUGUAAUCAUUUUCUUAUUGAUUCGAGGCUAUUUUUCGCUUGAAUCGUUUUACAACACUAAAAAACCCAGCACUUUUGCUUCAACUUCAUCUUCUUUACGCCCAAUGCAGCUCGUCGUAAGAAAAUCGGGAGAGCGUGGUUUCGCCCACUAUAAGAACUUCCUCAGAUCAUUCCAUACUUUUAGUUUUGCGAAUUACUUUGACCUACAAUAUAUGGGAUUCGGUCCAUUGCGAGUCAUCAACGAAGACCGCGUGGAACCUACUAGUGGAUUCCCUCCUCACCAUCAUCAAGGAUACGAGAUUUGGUCUUAUGUUGUCAAUGGUAAAUUGACUCACCAAGAUACGAUGGGUAAUACGGAAACUCUCUCAAGAGGUGAUAUUCAAUAUACCUCCGCUGGUACUGGUAUCGCCCAUUCCGAAUAUAACAAUGAACCAAAAGGAAGCUGUGAUACUCACUUCCUUCAAAUCUGGGCUAAACCCGAUGACAGACGUCGUCCUCCCACUUACUAUACCCGUCAUCAAUCGGAAGAAGCCAAGCACAACCGUCUCCAACCCGUCAUCGCCCCUAACUACACAUUUUCUGAUCCUUCCAACAUUAAGUCCAAUGGUGCUCAAGUUGGUUCCAGUGCCACCACCGACGAUUCUGCCAUUCCUUUCCCAGGAGACUUGGGUAUGUGGGCUUCCAUUCUUUCUCCUGGAUCCCAAGUAUCCCAUGUGUUUGGACCUUGGAAUAACACCGCUUCUCCAGUUAGAAAGGGCUAUUUGCACCUUAUUCAAACAUCCGGUUUCGCUGGUCCCCGCGAUACUUCUGUUGGCAAGGCUCAAUUGAAGAUUGGUGAGCAUGUACUAAGCGAAGGUGAUGGUCUUUUUGUUAUGGACACUGAAAAGGGUUCUUCUUUGACUAUUGAAAGCGUUGGUUCUGCUAAUGCUGAAUUUGUCUUCUUUGACAUGACCGCCGAUGAUUAAUUGUUGAUUAUGAGUUGAUUUAACCAUAUUUAUUAGAUUAGGCCUCAGUAAUAGCAACUAUGCUCUAAUUUCAAGAAAAAAUACAAUGAUUAUAGAAUUCCAAAUUUUUCCUGAUCAUAAGUUAAUUAUACUAAAUUUAUGCGUUUUUUCUAUCUGUAC